UUGUUAAUUGUGAGCAAUCAGGAAGAUAGUAGUAAAUAUUAGUAUUAAAGAAUAGUAAAUGCUUUUAAAUAAAUUUCAAUAAAUAAUUGACCGGCUACUAUAUAUGACCAUUGGAAUUGUUCAUUGAUUUUGAACGCAUUACACGAUGCAAACUAUUUCGCAAAAUGAAUCAAAUUUCAAGAGUCUUGGAGAAAUGUUCUUCGAUGUUUUAAAGAACAACUUGGACCCCAAUAAGAUCGCAAUGAUCGAUAAAGUUACCAAGAAACAAAUCAAUUACGGUGAACUUCUGGAUCAAAGUUUGAAGCUGGCCGAAGAGUUAAAAGCGCUCGGUGUUAAUAAAGGUGAUUUCGUUGGGAUCGUGUCAGAAAAUCGUCCAGAGUAUUUCGUUCCUGUUUUGGCGUGUUUCUUCAUCGGCGCAACCAUCCAUCCAAUCAACGGCAUCUAUUUAUUAGGAGAGUUGAAAGCCGCCUUUGACAUCUCUAAGCCUAAAAUUAUAUUCGCAACUGAGAAAAGCUUGAAUAAAGUUCAGCAACUCCAAACAGAUACAAAUUACAUCGCGAACAUAAUUAAUUUCGAUGGAAAUUAUUUGAAUAUCAUUCGGGAACGAUCCGGAUUGACAAAAGAUGAAAUUGUUGUAAACUGCGAUCAUGAUUCUGCCGUGAUACUCAACUCAUCAGGAACCACUGGUCUAGCGAAGGGCGUAAUUUUAACGCAAAACAAUAUCAAGUGCUCCUUCAAUUAUCUAAAAUAUCCGUACUUCGAUAUAAAUCCUGAUAACGUCGUCAUCGGAAUGAUGCCUAACUUUCACGUCUUCGGAUUUAUACUGGGUAUUGGUAACAUCCACAAUCUCUCGUUAAUGGUAAUUCUACAGAAGUUUCAACCCAACCAAUAUUGCGAAAUAAUUGAAGAGUAUAAUGUGACCAGUCUUCACAUCGUUCCAUCUAUUGGUGUGUUUUUAGCUAAACAUCCUAUUGUGGAAAACUACGAUUUCUCUUCGGUGAAGGAUAUCAUUAGCGGUGCUGCUCCUUUAGGUGUUGAAAUUCAGAGAGUCUUAGAACAAAGAUUUAAUUGCAAAAUGCGGCAGAUAUAUGGAUUGACGGAAACUUGCGGUGGGAUAACUAUAGUACCAAUGGGUGACAAAUCGAAGAUUGGUAGUGUAGGAAAACGUUUGCCUUGGGUAGACAUAAAAAUCAUCGAUAUUGAUACCAAAGAAGAGAUGGCUCAAGGCGGAAUUGGCGAGGUGUGCGUGAAGACCGCACAAAAUAUGAAAGGUUAUUUGAACAUGGAGGAAGAAAGUAAAAGUAUGUAUUUAGAAGAUGGUUACCUCUGCACCGGAGAUAUUGGUUAUGUGGACGAGGACGGCGAAAUCUUCAUCGUAGAUAGAUUAAAGGAAUUGAUCAAGUAUAAAGGAUUCCAGGUUUCUCCAUCUGAAUUGGAAGACAUACUGAACUCACAUGAAGACAUCGUGGAGUCAGGUGUUGUAGGAUUACCGGACGAAAAAGCCGGAGAACUUCCAAUGGCUUUUGUUGUCAAGCGGGAAAACGUCGAUCUCAGCGAAUAUGCUGUUAAGGAAUUUUUAGCUGGUCAUGUUUCAUUGCACAAGCAACUUCACGGUGGCGUCAAGUUCGUUAAAGAAAUUCCCAAGGGCGCAUCUGGAAAGAUUUUGCGAAAAACUCUGCGACAAUUAAUCAGAUGAACAUCUUUCCAGCAAAGUUUACUUAUUUACUUAUUUCAAAUGGAAUUCAA